GACAUCUACAAUAUAGCUAACCUCUAGAGUCAAGCUUCUGCGCUUCCGCAGUGCCCUCCAUCUAUCAAGCCAUGCUGGGCUUCAUGGACUACAUCCAGCGGGCCUUCUACGACGCAACACACUGGAACAUCGACAACAGCUACGGCAGCUUGACAGCCACAGCGCAAAAUCUGCUGGAUUUUGACACACCGCGCGGUCUCCGCCUCAAUGUCUCGUCGCUCGCGUCGCCGCAGAUGGGCACAAGCUAUGCCGUCGGCACAGUCGGACUAGUCGACGGCAGCAUCAGCUAUCUAUACUCUUCCCUACCCCUCUCCAAAAGCUCGAAGAGCACCGAGAUCCAGCUCGAAGAAGUCAUACAGGGCUACAGACACCUGCAAGACCUGCGGACGCCGGACCAGUCGUGGUGGUGGGAGCGGUGGCAGGGCGGGCGACGGACCGAUCGCAAGAACACGCUGAUGUACGGCCGUAUGUUCCUGCCUCGAGGCACCCUCGAAGCCCUCUACCUGCGGCGCAUCUCCCCUACGCGCCAGCUCCGGCUGUCCUGCGUCAGCGAUUCCGCACUGAACAAUGGGGGGACGGUGCUAGGGCUGGUGCAGAACGACCACGGGAAGUAUUGCACGGAGUAUCUGUAUAGCACUGAUAGUGGGCUCUGCGGCAUACGGGGACUAUACAACUUCGGCCCAGAUCCCCGGAUAGCUGCGCAGGAUCAAGAGUCGGAUGAUAUGAGGGAGCCCGUCCAUGGGCGUUUCAGCGCAGGCGCGGAGCUCUACUACGGCAUCCUGAACAAGAGUGGGGGCGCAAGUUUGGGGCUCAGGUUCACGACUCUGCCUCAGCACGCUGGGUUCCCGUACACGAUGACUCUAACGCUGAAUCCGCUCAUGGGGAACUUGUCCUCCACAUAUGCCGUCAAGGCAGGCAGGAACUUGGCGCUCUGCUCACGUUUCAACUUUAAUUUCUAUUCGUACGAGAGCGAUUUCCAGCUGGGUUGCGAGCUCUGGAGACGGCAAGUACCGAACGAUGCAGAUAUAGCAUGGGCAAAGAACAAGAUCAGACCAGAGUGGAUAGAUGGCAGUGCUUCGCCAACCGAUGACGUCUCCGGGGUGCUGAAAGCGCGAGUUGACCAGGACUGGCGUAUUGGCCUGCUCUGGGAGGGCCGCUUCAAAGAAAUGCUGUUCACGCUGGGUGGGCUUAUUGAUCUCAAGCGAAGGGAGCGCAUUGUCGGAGCGAUUGGCGUGGAGUUCCAGUAUUCGAGCUAG